ACCAACCGUGAGUACACAGACCUUAAAUUAUCUGACUUGGAGCCACAAGUUUGUACAUUUUAAUUUAUUUCAUACUUAAGAGACUAUAGAAGAUGACAUGUUUGAUGUUCAGAGAUGCUUUUUGGGGGUCAGAUUUUACAUGCCACGCAGGCUAUGAGGCUAUGGUGCAACGUUUACGGGAUGGAAGACAGAUGUGCAAAGAUGUGGAAGAACUUUUAAGGAUGAGGGCAGCAGCAGAGGAAAAGUAUGGCAGGGAAAUGGUGACCAUUGCCCGUAAAGCUGGAGGACACGCAGAAAUAAGCACUUUGAAAGCAUCCUUCCAACAAUUAAAAACACAAAUUGAGAACAUGGGGCAUUUUCAUAUCCAAAUGUCUGAGGCAAUGAAAGAAGAAAUGAAAAAGAUUGAGGCAUUCAGAGAGCGACAAAAAGAGCAGAGAAAAAAGUUUGAAAGCAUUAUGGAGAAGGUGCAGAAGAAAAAGGUGUCCAUGUUCAAGAAAACAAUGGAGUCAAAGAAGAACUAUGAGGUGCGAUGCAAGGAGGCGGAUGAGGCUCAGCAUACAACAAAGACAGCCAUUGCAGCCAAACAAGAAGAAAAGGUGUGCCACAGGGCCAAACAAUGCAGACGGGCAGCGUGUGAAGCAGAGAGGUCGUACUUGACCAACAUCACCCUGCUGGAAAGCAUUCGCCAGGACUGGGAGGAAACACACAGAAGCACGUGUGAGGUGUUCCAGCAGCUGGAGGCCGAUCGCAUCGACGUGCUCAGGUGUAGCCUGUGGGACCACUGCAAUCACAUCUCUAUGCAGUGUGUCAAAGACGACGAGUUCUAUGAGGAGGUGAGGAAGCACCUGGAGCACUGUGACAUCACCGCUAUCAACAAUUGUUUCAUUGAGAUGAAAAGGACGGGUUUGCAUCCACCAGAGCCUGUUGAAUUUGAGAGCUAUUACCAGAGGGCGACGUCUGCAGAUGGAACUGGCCAAGCCCGCCCAGCACAAGGCGUCCUGAGGAGGUGCUCUGAUCCUCUACUGGGAGCUUCUGUAGGAAGAAACGGGCCUAAAAGACAACUUUCAAUAAUGCCAUGUAGUGGAGAAACUGAGACAUCGGAUGGGUCAUACACAUCACUGCCAACCCUGGAUGAGGACACCUACUUCGUGCUUUAUAACUACACCGCACAGGUGGAAGACGAACUGACCGUCCGCAGAGGUGAUGUGGUCCAGGUCCUGGAGAGAGGAGAGGACGGCUGGUGGACGGUGGUAGGACACGGGCAGAGGGGAAUCGUGCCUGGAAACUAUCUGGGAAAACUGUGAAUAAACUUUUAGAGAAGGUUAAGUGAAACCCAAACAUGGGAAACAAGAAAACAUACGAGUCAGACAUACUGUAAGAAAAUAUCAUUUAUUGUUCAUAACCACUUGUCCCCUUUAAAAGGAACAAUAUGCUGUCCUUUUACUUUGAAAUUAAAUAAUUUCGAUGUUACUUUAGUAGCGAUGGCGGACCAGCCAGAAAACCGGCCAUGUUGAGUUAGCGUUAGUAUUGGUGCUAAUGUUAUUGUUCCAGAGUAGUGUGCGGCCUUUGUACAGUAUUUACUGCACACAAAGACGGUCAGACAAUGUUUAACCCUCUGGGGACAUUCAAGUUUAAUUAUUUCCGAAGCCAAAAGUUUUUCAGGACUGUAAAAAAGUGGUUUUUUUUGUUGUUUUUUACUUUUUUUGCUCAAAUUUUUCAAUAAACAUCAGUCCAAACA